GGUGCUCUGUGUCCCUCGGACACAGCGGAUCACCGUUCCACGGAAAGAGUUGAAGAUGUCGGCUCGGUCAUGUGAUCAGCUGUGUCCAAUCACAGCUGAUCACAUGUACACUGAUCAUCAGGGCACUGAUGAUCAGUGUGGCCCCAGAAGUGCCACCUGUCAGUGUCCAUCAGUGCCAGCUGUCAGUGCUGAACAGUGCCAGUGCCCAUCAGUGCCACAUCAAUGCCACAUAUCAGUGCCUACAAGUGCACAUCAAUGCCACAUAUCAGUGCCCAUCUGAGCUGCCCUUCAGUGUCACCCAUCAGUGCCAGUCAGUGCCACCUAUCAAUGCCAAUCAGUGCCACCUAUCAUUGCUGCCAAUCAGUGCUGCCUAUCAGUGCGCAUCAGUGCCGCCUAUCAGUGCUAGUCAGUGCCACCUACCAGUGCCAGUCAGUGCCAGCUAACAGUGCCAGUCAGUGCCGCCUGUCAUUGCCGCCUAUAUCAGUGCCAUAUAUCAGUGCUGCC